AUGGCACCAGAAUUCAGCCGCGCUUGCUUCUACGGCUUCGAGGAUGGUGUCGAUGAUCACAAGGCCAUUCACAAGGCCAUUGACGAAAACCCCCGUAAUGCAUCCACCACGAUCCCGCUCUGCGACGACGAUGGCGGGCCCGACUCGGGCCCUCUAGAGCUGGCCAUGUUUACCAGCACCUUCUGGAAGCCCGGCCGGGAGCUGAAGAUCGGCUUUCACUCGGGGACAUCCUGGCAACACGACAAAGUCAAACAAUACGCCCCGGAGUGGACCAGACAUGCCAAUCUAACCUUCACCUUUGUGGACACCCCCGACGCCACGACGGACAUUCUGAUCGACUUCGACGGCACAAAGGGGUCCUGGUCCCGAUUGGGAGUCAAAUCCGGCAUAUACAGCGGGAGGGGAGAGCCGUCCAUGAACCUGGGAUGGAUCACCGACAGCCAGCCUGACAGCGAGAUCCGGGGCGUGAUCCUGCACGAGUUCGGCCAUGCCCUUGGCGCGGUGCAUGAACACCAAAGCCCCCGGGCGUCGAUUCCAUGGAACAGGGAAACCAUCUAUGAGGAUCUGGGCGGGGAACCGAACAGAUGGACCAGAGAAAAGGUCGAUCAAAACAUGUUCGCGCACUAUAGCCAGGAUCGGGUCCAGGCCACAGACUUCGACAUGGCGUCGAUCAUGCUGUAUUACUACCCAGCGAGCUGGACCACGGAUGGGAAAGGCACCCCCUACAACACCGAGCUCUCCCAGUCCGAUAAAGACUACAUUCGCUUCUGCUACCCCGCCGACGGGCUGGACGCCGGUCAAUUCAGCACCCUGGAGCUCCGCGAAUGGAACCAGCCCACCCAAAACAACGAAAAGGUCAAGCACUACCACGAACGAUACCCCAGUACGCCGGGGAUAGUCACCGGGUUGAACUGGCUGGAUAUAGACGCCGGGGCCAACAUCCGCGCCAAAGCCGAAGUGCUGCACGCGGACCAGAAGAAAUUCACCGCCAGCAUCAAGGCCUGGGAAAACACCGUACUUUACGCCGCAGGCAUGACCUGGUUGGAAAUGGGGCCGCGGUUUCAAUUCGCACAGCAUGGUGGGUUCAGCACCGAGGAGCUUCGGGGCGAGGACAGCCAGAGCCACAGCCCCCGACUGGAGAACUCCAAGGCUAUCGUCUGCUUCCUCACGGGCCUCGACAUCGAUAAGGGAACCAAUUUCCGUGUGAAGACCUAUCCGUCGCAUGUCACUGCGGAUGGCUUCACGGUCAACAUCGACUCGUGGGCCGAUACGGUUCUGUACGGCGCGAGUGUCUCCUGGAUGGCCUACCCGGCGGACCAGCCCGGUGUCACCAGCGGCCGGUUCUCCACCUCUGAUAUCCGACGCUGGGAUCGGCCUCAGCAGGAUAAUUCCUCGUCGGUCGCAUUUGACAGGCCCUUUUCCAAAGUGCCCAAGGUGUUUAUGGCUCUCGAUGAGAUUGACUAUCAGGCCGGUCACAACUUACGGCUUCGCGUCAGUACAUCCUUGGUGACCCCGAAUACGAUGAACUGGCAUUUGCAGGCCUGGGGAGACUCGGUCAUGUACAAGGCUGCAGCGAGUUACUUUGCGUGGGAAAAUUGA